AUGGGCCAACAUUUGCUGCUGCCUAGUCUGCUCUUGUUCCUUCCUCUGGCCACAGCCUGGACUAUGUUCAACUGCCUCAUGAUCGAAGGCUCUCGACUGCAUCUGGCCUCAAGGUACUUUUCGUUGUGCCACUUGAACUCUAGCCUUCACUUCUUAGCCUGGUGCCAUUCAGUGACCAACCUGACACAAACUUUGGAAGCUGUACCACAGAGCGUGGAUGGGCUCUGUCUGUCUGGUUCUAUACCUGUCCUACCCCCGGAUGCCUUUUCCAAAUUGCCUGGACUCAAAGCUCUAACGCUGAUUCUACGAGUUAUUCGGCUUCUGCCAGGAGCCCUUCGGGGUUUGAAACAGCUGAAGAAGCUAACUUUCUUCGACUACCCUCAGUCACAGCCUUUUCUCUAUCUACCACCUGAUGCCUUUGACAACCUGAGCUCUCUUCAGUACCUUUUAUUCUUAGGUCCCUGCCUGAAUAGGAGCUUGGGUGUCCGGUUGCCUCCCAGCCUACGACUUCUGGCUGUGAAGUACAGCUGCCUGCAGAAUGUAGGUAUACUGGCUGACAUUUUCCCAGACUUGGUGCUGAACUCCUCCUCUGGGGGUGCUCGGUACCUGGACUCAUUGGAUUUGUCAGCUAAUCCCAAGCUGAACAUGACCAGGCCUGGGGCUCUCCAGGGUCUGCAGCUGAAGUCUCUGGAUCUGAGUGGAACAAAGAUGCAGGUGGCUGCUGUGAUGGGACUGGGGCUGCAAAGACUGGAUGCCCUGACUAUGAAGGGCACUCCUAACAAGGAUACACUACCUACUGAGGUAAUUGCUCACUUUGGGCUGCAAGUGCUGCAUUUGGGAUGCCAUCAGAGAGAGCAUAUAUCUUCCGAGGAUCUGGCUUCCUGCCACAGCCUGAAGACUUUGGAUCUUAAGAGCUGUCGUCUGACUAACCUGCCACCGGGAUUCCUGGCCUCCAUGCCCAGACUUCAGACCCUGAGCCUGACAAUUAACCAAUCGCAGAUUGCCAUGCUAUGUAUGAAAGCGACAAGUGCUGACUCCAGACUUCAGGCCCUGAAUCUGGCUAGCAAUAACCUGUAUGACUUGCCCCUAGAUACCUUUUCCUGUUUGCCCCACCUUCGGGAGCUGGUUCUUUGGAGAAACAAGUUGGUUCACCUGGACAGCAAGGUGUUCCAGGGUCUGAGCAGUCUGGAGACGUUGGACUUGAGCGAUAAUCUGCUGGCAGCCCUGGAUGAGGGCUGGCUGGCUUUAUUGCCUACACUGACCACCCUAAACCUGCUAAACACACAAAUGGAAUUAAACUCAACCUGGGACUUCCAGGUCUCAGAGACACUACACAACUUGAGACUAUUGCUCCCCCCAGGGCCUCCCAGGACGUUAUCCCUACCUAUGGGGCUGGCUAGCUUGGAGCUUCAUGCAAAUUCAGACACGGAGCCUUGGACACUUGUUCCUACUGUCCUUCCAGUCUUACAGACCCUGACUCUAAAAGGCUGGUCACUGCAGCUGGAGGCUCAAAACGUCUCAAAGAACUUCCCUGCUCUUUCCCAACUUUCCUUGCUUGGCAUUAACUUGGAGGCCCUCUGCUCAAAGGACGCCUCCAGCUUCUUUCUCUGGCAGCUCCCUGAGCUCAAGCAGCUGAGCAUAUUGGGAGACAGGCGCAGCCUCAGGCCCUGCCGCAUCACAGGGCUGCUCAAUCUACGGGAGCUGAAGCUGCAGCGCCUGCAGUCGCCAUUCCGGCCCCGCCCAGUGAGACUUGAGGAGCUGGUGGGUGAGCUUCCCAGGCUCGAGGUGCUGCAACUGGUGGACACAGGGGUGGAGACACUGUCUGUGGUGGCUUUCCUGGGCCUAGGCAGUCUCCAGGUCUUAGUGCUGGACUAUGAGAAAGUCCUUGUGCUGGAUAGCAGUCUUCAGGAGCACAGCCCCCAAAUGCCCCAGUACAUUUACCUAUUGGUCGGCUCCUUAGCCUGUCAGUGUGCCAAUGUCUGGGUGGAACCCUGGAUCAAACAAUCUCCUAGAACAUAUAUGCAUAUUGGAUCAGUCCAGCAGUGCCAGCAAGAAGGGAAGGGUCGCAAGCCUCUCCUGACCCCCUUUCUCCAAAGCCACUGCCCUAAAGCCUUGGGGUUAGAGCUCUUUAUAGGUAGCUUUGUCUUGCUGCUUCUCAUGAUCUCCUUGCCCUUCCUAAAGGAAGCCAGAAACUGGAUCCUCUAUCUCCAAGCCUUGUUCAGGAUUUGGCUCCAGGGGCAGAGGGGUCAGAGAAAUGAGGACAACAGGUUCCUCUAUGAUGUGUUUGUGUCUCACUGCAGGCAAGAUCAGGGUUGGGUGAUGCAGGAGCUGCUUCCCACUCUGGAGGGCUGCCCUCCGGCUGGCUGGGGUCUGCGCGUUUGUCUCCCAGAGCGGGACUUUGAGCCUGGCAAGGAUGUGGCAGACAAUGUGGCAGACAGCAUGGUGGGCAGCCGGGUCACACUUUGUGUGCUGAGCCGACAAGCCCUCUGCACACCUCGCUGCUCUGUAGAGCUCCACCUGGCCACCUCCCUCUUGCUGACUGCCCCCUACCCACCGGUGUUGCUGCUGGUCUUCCUGGAGCCGAUCUCUCGCUACCAUCUUCCUCGCUACCAUAGACUAGCCAGGCUGCUCCGCCGGGGAGACUAUCACGUGUGGCAGCAGGAAGACAAAAGAAAGGACUAUUUCAGGGCAUGGUUGGGAAGCAGGCUGGGGCAGCCUGGUCGUGGGAUAAAGGUGGGGUGCUACGUGUCCUCUCUCCCCACCAUGACCAAGUUACCCAAGAAGUAA